CUGCGCAGCGCACAACUGCCGCCAUGGACGAGCUUCUUCAUUCCAAGAAAGGCGCGCUGAGCCGGGUAUGGCUCGCUUCGCACAUGGAGAAGAAAUUAUCAAAGCCUCAGUUCUUGACCUUGUCGAUCAGCGACUCUGUGCAAGCGAUCCUGUCGUCCGACCUUCUGCUACCCGCCGAGCAACAGAACACGGCGAGAUCGUCAGGCAAGCGUCGAGCGCAGGAUGAUGAGGAGCUCCAGGCGACUCCUAUCGGCCUCAGGAUCCAGGGACAGCUCUUGCUCGGUCUCGUGAGGGUCUACUCCCGCAAGGCUCGCUACCUCAUGGAAGACUGCUCAGAGGCGCUCGUCAAGAUCAAGCUCGCUUUCUCGACGGUAGCCAUGCAAGCCCCUGUCGUCGCUACAGAGCCUGCCGGUACUACGCAAGCAAGCCAGCUUGGCGGUCUUGCUGGUUUGGGCACCAUGCCCGCCAUCGAGAUGGACCCAGACAAGAUCAAGGCCAAGCGGUCGGCGAUCACGCUCGACCUUGCGCCUGUUGACCCACUGCAAGACUGGCUCAUGACGCAGCCCAGACCACCAUCCUUUCCCUCCACUUCUUCACAAUUGACGCAAGCAAGGGACUUGCAAGCUGAUCGCGCGUCUAUCACCCUGCCCGAUACGCGGGGUUCUUCGCCUCUCUCGUUCCGAUCUGGACGCGACUUUGGCCGCUCUGCCCCUCGAUGGGGAUCUCAGGACUUCUUCUCCGACGCAAGCCAGUCAGGUGACCGUGCUGAUUCGUUCGCCGGGGGUGACGGUGACGAGGAAGAGCUCGACCUUGGGCUCGCUGACCACGUCUCCGAGAAAGAAAGAGUUCGACGCAACAGAGAUAGACGAGCUGAUCAAUUACGCGCCCAAAGAUUGGCUCAGCGCGCCGGCGGCAGUCAAGCUGAAGCUGAUCAGAGCGAGGACAUGGAGGUCGAGCUCGGUCGUGAUGCUGCAACCCAUCGUUCCGAUCGGUCAUCCAUACUGUCUGAUGUGGCUCCGUUCAAGGGCGGUGUUGAUCCUUAUGCCAUCGACGACAACGAGUAUGGCCAAGGCAGCGACGGCUCACGAUCUGAUCGUGGUGGCUUCGAGCUCGAGCCUGAUCUCUAUGGCGACUUCGAACAAGCUUUGCGAGCACAAACCCCUCGCUCCGAUCCAGCUCAAGCUAGUCUAUCGGCACUCCUCAUGACGCCUAGAACGGCGGCUCAGCUCGCCAAAGUAGCCUCACCUACAAAGACUACCACGCGCAAGCGAGCGGCCACUCGACCCGGCAAGCUUACCAUCGACGAUGAAAUCGAGCUCGAUGAGACCUCUCAGGGCGUCAUAGGUCAAACAACAGAUGAACAGCGACGGGCUCGCGGUAUCAUCAUCCAGCCAGCUUAUCUGCCGCACUCGGCGCUCGAAGCACGGCUACGCGAGAUGGAAAACAACCCUACGCGCUUCUUCUUGCCUCGACCAAUUCCAGGCCAGGAAGGAGUCUUCAUGUGGCCUCCAGCAGGCCUGCUUGCUCCUGAGCUUCAGCGAAUGUAUACGGUCCCCUCAAAGCGAGUUGGCCGAGCUAGCGAGCUCGCACCUGCUCGGAAACGUCAGCGUUCGUCCGAGGAUGGCUCGGACAGGGAAGUCGAGCUUGGCCGUAAUGCACCACCGACGGGUGCUCGUAUGAGCGACACGCGCUCGCAGGAUGGCUUCGCGCAGCUUGAUGUAUACGAUGACUUUGGCGACAGUCCUACGCGGCCUCGUUUCGAUGAUGGCGGCUUCGAGAACGAAGACAAUCUCUGGAAUGAUUACCCUGAUGUCACGCUUGAAGGACCCGAAGCCGCUGCAGCUGCCAAAGAAGCUCAGCUUCGUGCUGCAAGAGCAUCGACUCGAUUGCUCACGCCCACUGCCGGCGACACGGAGAUUAAGUUGCCCAAAGGCGAAUCAUUGCUCGAUGUGUUUGAUGAGGCCGAUUCAACUACAGCCAGCCAGCUGCAUAGCUCGCCGUAUGGUUCACAGCAGACUCCCUCCACGCCUCGUCGGCGCGCCCCGCAGACUAUUGACGGUACGCCUGCCAGCCAAUCUCAGACGACCUCUACCGGUUCCGUUGUCAGCAAGAACACCAUCAAGGCUUUGCUGGUCUACCGACACGUCUUGGGCGAUACCGCCGACAUCACAGCGCCCAAACAACUGUCCGUGCAAACUGUCGCUUCUUCGGCCACUCGCCAUGCAGCUUCAGCGUUCUUUUUUGAGACCCUUGUGCUCAGCAGCCGGGGUGCCGUUCAGCCCAAGCAGGAAUCAGCUUACGGUGACAUCACCGUGAAGGCCAAGCCAGAAUUCUACAAUAUGCUAGCAUCCCUCUCGCUUGAGUCAAGCGGGUCAGUGGCAGCUUCCCAAGGCAAGCUCAGUACGCCUGUUGUGGCUUGACAAUUGCGCAGCGCAAGGAUAUCCCGGAUGACAGCUUGUUCGCUUGUUGGAAUGCAUUAUGUACUUGUAGGAUGAGCGUCGUCAUACAACAUGGCAGCGAAGUUUUAGCGCAGUGAAUGAGAUCAUGUGUCGAAAUCAUGAGGCAGACGACGCGCUCAGGUAUAGAUCUCGAUAGUGGCAGGAUUGACGGCCACAGAGACACCCAGCAGGUCUUCCUUGCUGAGAAAAUCAAUAGGCAUCUCGACGAGGUGGCCUCUGACGCCGUCGAGUUCUUCUUUGACAGUCUCGAGACUGACGCCCUCUGCGACGUGGCCAA